AUGCGGUCCUUAUCACCGGCACUCGCGUCUCUCGCGAACGUCUUCCGAAUCCCGAUGUCGCUGUCCUCGACACGCCCUACCGUCUCUCGGGUGUGCCACGAGACCCUUGCCCGGCGGACACAACAACCCGGUCCGAUCACCGCGGCGGUGCAAUCCGCGCCAUUCUCAUCGACGAGUACUCUGGAGAGCCGAAAAAGCGGUCGUUCUAAUGUGGAUAAGAGAAUCACUCUCAUCCGCUACUUCCUCUACCACCCUCUCACUCCUCGCCCUCUCCGCUUCUCGCGAAACCGUUACCUCCGCCACUGGACCAUCCACCGCGCUUGGCAAUUGUUCCAGGCAAAGCAGCGCUAUACCCAAGAACGCGAGCUGGAGCGCCAGUACCAGAGCAUGCAGGCUGCCUGCGAGGAGCUGCGCACUGGUGCCGGUGAUGGCGGUAGACUGUUCCGCAAGUCGAUGAUUAAGAAGGGCAUUUUCACUGAUAUGUUCCCCAUCGAGUACGGCCGUAUGCAGACCGACUACCCCCCAGCUGAAGGGUGGAAUCACGAUUGGAAGCGUCCUGAGAAGAAGGACAGAUAA